GCGGAGGCGGAGCAGACCGCCUCCCUCCACCGCCUCCAUUUUGAAUAGCGAUGUAACGGGGGCUCCGCCGCGUCGUUAGCGUCGACCAGCCCGCUGCACGGUGUCAACAAGCCGCAUCCAGACACCCUUCGACAUGGACGACCUCUUCAGUCCGCGGAGGAGCUUGAACAGCACCCAAGGGGAGAUACGAGUGGGACCAAGUCACCAGGCCAAGCUUCCCGAGCUGCAGCCACGGUCAGCCCCUAGCCUCCAGACUCAGACGGAGAGCGAGGAGCUGGUGUGGACCCCGGGAGUCAAUGACUGUGAUCUACUCAUGUACCUGAGAGCGGCAAGGAGCAUGGCAGCGUUUGCAGGGAUGUGUGAUGGCGGCUCGACGGAGGAUGGGUGCCUGGCGGCGUCCCGUGAUGACACCACUCUCAACGCACUGAACAUGUUGCAUGCCAGCCAUUACGAUGCAGCCAAAGCUCUCCAGCAUCUGGUGAAGAAACCAGUUCCAAAGCUGAUUGAGAAGUGCUGGUCAGAGGACGAUGUGAAACGCUUCAUCAAAGGCCUUAGGCUUUACGGCAAGAACUUCUUCCGCAUUCGAAAAGAGCUUCUGCCCAGCAAAAAGACGGGUGAGCUGAUCACGUUCUACUACCACUGGAAGAAGACGCCGGAGGCCUCAGGAACCAGAGCCUAUCGCCAGCACCGUCGCCAGCCAUCUUCACGCAAGGCUAAGACCCGGUCAGCCACGGCCCCCGUCAGCACGCCGUCCCGGUCCCACUCACUGGACAUGAGCUCCGCCAGUGAGGAUGACAUGGAAAGUGAAGACAGUGAACAAGACUUGAAGCGGUCCACCUGCAGCCACUGUGGCACAACAGCCUCUAAGGACUGGCACCCCGCGGGGGGUCGUGUCAGCACCGUGCUGUGCGCCACGUGCCACGUCUACUUCAACAAGCAUGGCCGCCUCCCAGCCGCUCAGAAACCGGCGGACCCUCCGUUCAUGUUCAAACCUGUGAAGGAGGAAGACGAGGACUCCAGCGGGAAGCACGGGAUGAGGACGCGACGGAGCAGAGCAGCCCUGUCGUCUCUGAGGAGCGGUCACAGGAGAUUGACCGGCUCUCCUACCAGCGAGGAGCAGCAGUCCAGCAGCCAGCCCUCUCCCAGCGGGGCCAGCUCAGUUUCCAACGCCUCCAGGACCUCUUCCACCGACAGCAAGAGCGACUCCACCAAGAGGCCAAACAAGAAGCUCAAAGAAGAGGUUCUGUUACCAAAGACCACCAAGCGAGCAAGGGAGGUGGUGGCCCAGGAGACUGAUGAGCUCAGCAAAAUGACAGCCAAAAAGCCCAAGACCCAGGAGGCGCUGGUGUCUCGGUCGGAGGGUGAGGUGGAGGAGGAGAGCUCCGACAGCCGCAGUGCCAACGAGGACGGCAGUGACACCAAAGACAUCGACCAGGACAACCGCAGCUCCUCCCCCAGCAUCCCCAGCCCGCAGCCUGGCAACGAGAGCGACUCGGACUCCUCCCCGCAGCCCAGCGGCCCGCAGACUGCCGCCCCGCAUGUCCCCGCUCACCAGCCCCCCCACGGCGCUCCGGACCCCCUCCACGCUCCACCCGCCCCGGGCCCGCUCCCUGUGGCCCAGGCGCCGCCUCACGGCCCCCCGCGCCAAGCCCCGCCCCACUUCUCCAGGGAGCCCCUGGUCCCGAAGGCCCCUCCCUCCGUACCCCAGGCCAAGCCUCCCCCAACCACCCCCAUCCCGCCCUCGCUCAGACAGUCGCCCCACCUGUCGGCCACGCAUUUCACCCAGAUGCCCACCAACCUGCCCCCGCCCCCGGCCCUCAAGCCCCUCAACGCCCUGCCUAACCAGCAUGCCCCCGGGGCCCCCCCUCCCCCCCUGCAGCUCAUGCAGAGCCUCCCAGCCGCCCAGCUGGCUGCUCUCCCCCACCUUCAGAACCACCCCCGCGCCCAUUCGUCUCAUCUGCCCAACCCCCACCCCCAAACCCUCUCCGCCAUGGCACAGUCCAGCCACAACAUAGGCCCCGCCCCCAGCCACAACGUAGGCCCCGCCCCCAGCCACAACGUAGGCCCCAGCCACAACGUAGGCCCCGCCCCCAGCCACAACGUAGGCCCCGCCCCCAGCCACAACGUAGGCCCCGCCCCCAGCCACAACGUAGGCCCCGCCCCCAGCCACAACGUAGGCCCCGCCCCCAGCCACAACGUAGGCCCCGCCCCCAGCCACAACGUAGGCCCCGCCCCCAGCCACAACGUAGGCCCCGCCCCCAGCCACAACGUCGGCCCCGCCCCCAGCCACAACGUCGGCCCCGCCCCCAGCCACAACGUCGGCCCCGCCCCCAGCCACAACGUCGGCCCCGCCCCCAGCCACAACAUGGGCCCCGCCAACAGUAACAACACGGGCCCUGCUGCGAGCCCCAAUAUAGGCCCCUCCUCCAUCCCAAACAUAGUCCCUGCCCCCAACCACAAAAUAGGCCCUGCCCCCAGCCACAAUACAGGCCCUACCUCCAGCCACAAGAUAGGCCCCGCCCCCAGCCUCAACCCAUCCUUACCUCCUCACUCUCUGAGGCCCUGCGCCCCGACCAGCAGCCCACACAGGGCACAUAUUCACAUCAAGGAGGAGCCAAUGGAUGAGCUAGAAGAAGCGGAAAGCCCGCCUCCUCCGGCCAGCAGUCCCUCGCCAGAGCCCACGGUCGUCAACAUCGCCAGCCACGCCAGCCAGUCUGCCAGGUUUAUCAAACACUGGGACCGGGGCUGCAACUCCUGCUCCAGAACAGACCUGUUCUUCACACCGCUGGCCGCCUCAAAGCUGGCCAAGAAGAGGGAGGAGACGAUGGAGAAGUCCAGGAGAGAGGCGGAGCUCGGCGCUCGCCAGGAGCGGGAGAGGGAGAAGGACCGGGAGAGAGAGCGAGAGAGGGAGGCAGACAAAAAUGUGAGAGUCUCCAGCUCAUCCCAAGACAGUCGCAUGAGCGAUGCCCAGAUGUCAGCCCAGAUGUCAGCCCAGAUGUCCGCCCAGAUGUCCGCCCAGAUGUCAGCCCAGAUGUCGGCUCAGAUGUCGGCUCAGAUGGCGGCCCAGAUGUCAGCCCAGAUGUCUGCCCACGGCCACAUGCGCUCCUCCUUCGAGCAGCCGCCCACCACGGUGGCGGCCGUGCCCCCCUACAUCGGGCCGGACACGCCCGCCCUGCGCACGCUCAGCGAGUACGCGCGCCCCCACGUCAUGUCGCCAACCAACCGCAACCACCCCUUCUUCAUGUCCCUGAGCCCCGGGGAGCCUCUGCUGGCCUACCACAUGCCCGGCCUGUACGGCAAUGACCCGGGCCUCCGCGAGCGCGAGCUGCGCAACCUGCGGGAGCGGGAGCUCCGGGAGCGCAUGAAGCCCGGCUACGAGAUGAAGCCCCCGGAGCUGGAGGCCAUGCACCCCUCGGCCAACCCCAUGGAGCACUUCGCCCGGCACGGCGCUCUUGUGCUGCCGCACAUGGCCGGCCCGCCGCACCACUUCGCCCAGUUCCACCCGGGGCUGAACCACCUGGAGCGCGAGCGCAUGAUGAUGGCCAACCAGCAGCUGCGGCCGGAGCUGAGCUACGCAGAGCGGCUGACGGCCGAACGGCUGCACGCCGAGAGGAUGGCGUCGGUGGCCAGCGACCCGGCCGCCCGGCUGCAGAUGCUCAACGUGACGCCGCACCACCACCAGCACUCCCACAUCCACUCACACCUCCACCUGCACCAGCAGGACCCCCUCAACCAAGGCUCUUCUCCACACACUCUGGACCCCAUGGCAACCGGGCCCCGCUUGGCCCGCUUCCCGUUCCCCAACGGACCCGUCCCCAACCCCUUACUCAACGACCUCCCCCACGACCACGACAUGCUGCGGCACCCGCUGUUCGGCGUUGCGUAUCCGCGGGAGAUGCAGGGCCAGAUGCCCCAGAUGUCGGCCGCCCACCAGCUGCAGGCGAUGCACGCCCAGUCGGCGGAGCUGCAGCGCAUGGCCCUGGAGCAGCAGUGGCUGCAUGGGCACCACCACCUGCACGGUGGCGGCCCGCUGCCCGGCCAGGAGGACUACUACAGGUGGGUGUCCAGCACCGCUGGGCAGAGCGUUUGACUGACAGAUGCCGUUUGAAGAAGGAAGGAGACAAGCCAUCCUGAAGCCAAGAUGGGCCAGACACCAUCUGAACAGAAUCCAGUAUACAGAUGGUGUCAGCCUCCACCCUAACAGAUCCAGUAUACAGAUCAACUAGACUCCACCCCAACAGAUCCAGUACAGAUCAACUAGACUCUACCCUAACAGAUCCAGUAUACAGAUUAACUAGACUCCACCCUAACAGAUCCAGUAUACAGAUCAACUAGACUCCACCCUAACAGAUCCAGUAUACAGAUUAACUAGACUCCACCCCAACAGAUCCAGUAUACAGAUUAACUAGACUCCACCCUAACAGAUCCAGUAUACAGAUUAACUAGACUCCACCCUAACAGAUCCAGUAUACAGAUUAACUAGACUCCACCCUAACAGAUCCAGUAUACAGAUUAACUAGACUCCACCCCAACAGAUCCAGUAUACAGAUUAACUAGACUCCACCCUAACAGAUCCAGUAUACAGAUUAACUAGACUCCACCCUAACAUAAUCCAGUAUCCAGAUGGACCAGACUCCACCCUAACAGAUCCAUUAUCCAGAUGGACCAGACUCCACCCUAACAGAUCCAGUAUCCAGAUGGGCCAGACUCCACCCUAACAGAUCCAGUAUCCAGAUGGGCCAGACUCCACCCUAACAGAAUCCAGUAUCCAGAUGGUGUCAGCCUCCACCCUAACAGAAUCCAGUAUCUACUUGUCGCUCAGCCUCCACCCUAACAGAAUCCAGUAUCUAGUUGGCGCUCAGCCUCUACCCUAACAGAAUCCAGUAUACUUUUCAGAGACUGUACAUUUUUUAAAGAGUGUGUGGGUCCCUUUGUUUUAAUAUAUUGAAAAUAAGAAUCCUUGUGUGUCUAUAUGUGUAUUCCUUGUUCCAGCACUUAAUGGGAUUGUCAAGAGGUUUGCUUGAGAUUUUCUUACUAAUAGACAGUAGUGUUAAGACUUUAUACUGCCAUAAUCUCCUAAUUUAUUGUUAUUUUACUUGUUCAGCAGACAUGUGCGGUAUUAGGGUAACCAGCAUAUCGCACACAUCAAACUUUGAUGUGUGCAGUAUGAUAGAAUUGCUAAUGAUGCCCUAGGCUAGCAAGGAUGCUAUUGACCCAGCUGAUGAACAUUGGUAGUGGUAUGAGCUGUUCUUUCAUUUUUAAAUGGUCUUGUGUAAAUUUUAAUUUUAAAUCAGUGUUUGAAUGAUUGGCCUAACAACCUAGCAUGACUGUCUUCACAAUUCCGAAACUAGAGUAGCAAGUUACAAUGUUGUGUCAUUAGACUUGGAAAACUAUACUACAUGGAUUUAUUCUAAAACUGCUAAAUAUUUGUCUAAAUUAAAAACAUUUAUAUUUCAAGGUAUCUUUCACAGUGUAACCUAAGCUUUUAGUCACUUUGAGACUGUAAAUACUACAUGUGUAAUAGUCUAUAUUACCAAGCAUUAUUGAUAUAGGUUUAAUAUUCUAUAUUAAGUAUUAUUGAUCUUACUGUAAGUGUGAACUCGCCCCUAAAUUUGGCACAUAAAAAAACAUUUGCUGAACACAGUUUAGUGUUAUAAAAUAAAAUGAUUGUAAAUUAUAAGCUAUGAUCUGUGUCACUGUGUUGCACAGUGACAUUAAAACAACCUAUUCCGAUGUUUUUUUUAACAAAGCGGUGAGAGACGAGACCCACGUGAUCUUAACAUACAUUUUAAAAACCCUGUUCCCUGUUUCAAAAUUCAAUAUUUAUGUGAAAUAAGAAACAAAAAUAUUGCACAAUUAUUUCAAUAAAUAAUUCUGCAAUGACGAA